GCCAUCAGACCAGCUGGUCAUGUGACUAGGGAGCUCUGAAGACAAUCCUGCUGCCUCCCCAUCCUCAGAUUCAAACUUGUCAUGGCCAUAACCAGGCGGAAACGGGCAGAAACCAAGGAAGCUGAGCCAGCGGCCAGCCAGGUGAAGGUCCCCAGCAUCACUGCAAGCAGCCUCGAGGUGCGAGGAGGUGGGUUGGGUCCAGGCAACCACUGAGAACUCCGAGGACUUGGUGCUGGGUCUCUGUGCAAGCAUGUAAGUGGUACAUAUGUGUUAAUGUGUCUGGCUUUGUGGGUGUGUACAUAUGCAUGUGAGUAGGCAGUAUGUGAAUGUGUGUAAGUGUGGUUUUUGAGUGUGUGACUGUGUGUGUGUGUUGAGUAUACUAGUGUGAAGUGAGGGGACACCAAGAACUUUAUCCCCCUACAGUGGUCCCUCUGGUCAUUAGGACCUCCCUCCAGCGCUGGGCAAGGGCCAGUAACAAACUUGGGAGGUGAAGGCCACUCAGGAGGAGGCAGGUGAUACAUGGGAGGACAAGGACAUGUUCUGGGGAUGAGGCUGUGAGCACAUUAGAGAGUGUGAGACUAAAGUGACAGAUGGGUGGCAGGAUCAAGUCUGAAGACCCCUGAUUCUUCCUCGGAAUCUUUACAGAGCUGGGGAGUCAGGCUAGGGGAAGGGGAGGACUUCUUGUGUCCUCCCCCUACCCUCUGUAAGCACGUGGAGAGGGCAGGAGGCACAGUGGCCAUCUGUGCACCUGACUUUCCCCGACCCCUCCCUGCACCCUCUGGCAGCACACUCUCCCUGGCAGGUUGGCUCAGGGCAGAGGGCAAAGGCCAGUCUCAGCUCCUGUCAUAAAGAAGACCCAGACUGGUUGAGCCCUGGAGGUGCAGUUGAGAGUGCCCUGCCUGGGCUAGUCCUAGGUGUCUGAUGUGUUGAGGAGCCCAGUGCACACUGAGGCAGCCAUGCUGCUGACUGGGGAUACACUGGCGACCCUGGCCGUGGCCGUGGCCGUCUUCCUGCUCUUGGUGCACCAGAUGCACCAGCACUCACGUUGGGCCGCACGCUACCCACCAGGUCCUAUGCCACUGCCUGGGCUGGGUAACCUGCUGAAGGUGAACUUCCAGGACCCACUUCUCAGCUUUAGCCAGCUGCGGCGCCGCUUCGGGGACGUGUUCAGCCUGCAGCAGGUCUGGACUCCCGUCGUCGUGCUCAACCGGCUGGCGCCUGUGCGAGAGGCGCUGGUGUACCGCAGCCAGGACAACUCCGACCGCCCACCUGCGACAGUUUACGAGCACCUGGGUUACGGGCCGCGCUCGGAGGGAGUGAUCCUGGCGCUCUAAGGGAAAGCCUGGCGCGAGGAGCGGCGCUUCUCCUCGUCCACCCUGCGCAACUUCGGCCUGGGCAAGAAGUCGUUGGAGCAGUGGGUGACCGAGGAGGCCUCGUGCCUCUGUGCCGCCUUCGCCGAUCAGGCCGGACGCCCCUUUAGCCCCAGCCUCCUGAAUAAAGCGGUGAGCAACGUGAUCGCCUCCUUGACCUUCGGGAGCCGCUUUGAGUACAACGACCUUCGCAUCCUCAAGCUGUUGGACAUAUUGGAGGGUAGACUGAAGGAGGAGGUUAGCUUCGUGCGCCAGGUGCUGGAAGCAAUCCCCGUGCUCCUGUGUAUCCCAGGGCUGGCUGCCAAGGUCUUCCCGGGGCAGAGAGCCUUCAUGGUCCUGAUUGAUGAGCUGGUCAUCGAGCACAGGGUGACCCGGGACUGGGCCCAGCCACCCUGCGACCUGACUGACGCCUUCUUGGAUGAGGUGGAGGCCAAGGGGAACCCCGAGAGCAGCUUACGCCUGGUGGUGUCUGACCUCUUCUCUGCCGGGGUGAUCACCACCUCGGCCACGCUGGCCUGGGCCCUCCUCCUCAUGAUCCUGCACCCAGAUGUGCAGCGAGAGCCUAGCCCAAGGGGCCAGCCCUUGGGUCUGACCACUAUGAGGAUGCUUGUUUUUCCAGGACAUGUCCAACAGGAAGUCGAUGAGGUGAUAGGGCAGGUGAGGCAACCAGAGAUGGAGGAUCAGGCCCUCAUACCCUUCACCAUGGCCGUGGUCCAUGAGGUACAGCGGUUUGGGGACAUCAUCGCACUGGGCCUGCCCCACAUGACAUCCCGUGACAUCGAAGUUCAGGGCUCCCUCAUCCCAAAGGGGACGACACUCAUCACCAACCUGUCAUCAGUGCUUAAGGACGAGACCAUCUGGAAGAAGCCCUCCCACUUCCACCCGGAGCACUUCCUGGAUGCCCAGGGCCGCUUCGUCAAGCAGGAGGCCUUCAUACCCUUCUCAGCAGGCCGCCGCUAGUGCCUUGAGCCCCUCGCCCGCAUGGAGCGCUUCCUCUUCUUCACCAGCCUCCUGCAGCACUUGAGCUUCUCAGUGCCCACUGGGCAGCCCCACCCCAGUGGCCACGGUGUCUUUGCCUUCCUGGUGACCCCAUCCCCCUACCAGCUCUGUGCUCUGCCCUGCUAGAGGUGGGCACCAAGCCCCCAGCCCACUCCUCAGCAGUAGCCCUGAUGUACAAUAAACCAGUCUGGUGGCUCCAACCUGGCUUGAGUCCCACCCAGGGCCCCUGACUGGCCCCUUGGCGCUCAUGGGGCCUCAGCAGCCUCCCCAGAUCCAGCCCCUACCCCUGCCUGAUCCAUCCUUACCUGGCAUUUGACCCCAUUUGAGAGAUGGGUAUACCGAGGCUCAGAAGGUGACACCUUACCCCCUAGUCGCCC